CCAAGUCGAGAGGUUUGGGGAUGACCCACGACUUUGUAGUGGCCCUGUUCAGUCCCUUGCAGGAUUCCAAGGUGUGAAGAGGAGAGAUAAAGGAGGAGCCACCUCAUGGCGUCCCGGCCAAGGAAUGGGGCCCACCUUCCAGGUCCCAGUUGCUCCAUUUGAUAAUUUUCAUUCUUCGUGUGUCCCAAGUCCCCCAACAUCAGGCUUUGAGAAGAUGUGCCCUCAGGCAACUGAACAAGGUGCCUGCCUUUGGGGAAGGGCCACCGGCCACAGCCCAACUCCCUUCGGAAUAGUUUCCAGACCCAGCUUGUGGCCCCGGCUUGGCCAGGGCUGACUCCCCUCUUUGUGCUGCUCCAGAUCCACUGGCUCGUUCUGCUGGGUCACGGCCCUCCUCCUCCAGGCUGCUUAUCAAACUGAACUCGGGGUCCGACCAGGGCACCAACAGCUAUUUCCCCACCCCGGGCUCAACACUAUCUGUUAAGGCAGCCACAGAUGGCACUUGUCUUUUGGCUGCCAAAUCACAUUGCUACCCGAGCUUGCGUCUACACGGACCCACAGACCCUUUUCGGAUAACUAUUGGCCAGUAACCCCAUUGUUUCCUGUCCAGAAAAAAAGCCCACUUGAUUUUUCGUGGUGUUCAGAACUCCGUGUCCGAAGACUUCACUCUCUUUCCGAUAAAAGCGGUCAUGAGAUCUGUGCAGGAGAGCCCGUGAGCCUCAGACCCCUUCCAUCCGGAUUACUUCUGCCUGCCUGCAUAUUCAUGUGCCACAGAGAGGCUGGGACCACUUACCUACCCGAACCCUCCUGGGUCUCAUUCACAGAGAGGACACCGAGUGACCGGAGGCCCUCCAGGAGCCAUCACCACACGCCCUAGGGAGGAAUGCUCCAAAAUGGGAAGAAGUUUGAUUCCUCUAGAGACAGAAACAAGCCUUUCAGGUUCAAGAUUGGCAGGCAAGAAGUGAUCAAAGGCUUUGAGGAUGGCACUGCCCAGAUGAGCCUGGGUCAGAGGGCGAAGCUGACCUGCACCCCUGACGUGGCCUACGGAGCCACGGGACACCCGGGAGUCAUCCCUGCCAACGCCACCCUCAUCUUCGACGUGGAGCUGCUCAGGUUAGAGUGAGCUCUCAGGGGUGCCGGCUGAGGCCAGCUGUGCUGCUGCUGCUGCUGCUGUUCAUACACCACCCCUUCUUCCCCGGGGUCCCCCAGCUUCCCAUUCCAGCUCCCAUCCCAGGGAGGCCCGUCUUCAUCAUACCCGUGUGUGUGCAUGUGCGCGUGUCCGGUUCUGUGCUGACAAGCUUCUUGGCUUUGAGGAGACCCCGUCAGGAACGCUCUCAAACGGGACCCCUCCUCUAACUUGCAUGUGCCCCCAGCCCCACCCCGGCCCCCCACACGCGCCAGCACUUUUAUUUAUGAAGCAAAAAGUCUGCACUGCCUUACUUGUCCACUGAGCCCAGGAGCUGCCGGUCCCAGCCGGACGUGCACAAGCCAGGCCCGAGCCCGCCCGCCCGCCAGGGACCCUGCCUCGUCCUCGCUGCUAACCUGGAACUAAGAUGUAUGCAAAAUAAAGGUUCUAUCUGUG